CAAAAAAUAUGACGGUUCCAUUGCUGAUAUACUUAUUUUCUUUCUGGUGGUGUCAAGCUAUUGCAACUGAAGAAGGAAGAUGCUACAAAGAUUUACGAAAUGGAAAGACAAAAUGGCAUUGUUGUGAUAAUCGAGAAGAGAAAGAUGGACGAUGCACAGAAUGCUUGGAUGGAUUUAAGUCAGAUGAAGGUGAACCAUGUCAUCCAUGUUUAGAUGGAAACUAUGGUCGCAAAUGCGGAGAAGUUUGUAGAUGUAAGGAGUACCAGAUUUGUGAUCAUAUAAAAGGUUGUUUGAAUAGCUCUGUAAGUGUGACAGUAUUAUCAAACAAUUCAACAUACACUGAAACUGGAACUGUACCUGGAACUGAAACUGAGACUGAAAGUAUGGAAAGAAUUUUCAAUACAGAGAUGAUGAUAGUAAUAAUAAUUUGCACAGGCAUUAUUACGCUUGCUAUAUUGAUAUGUAUGGUAUGGUUCCGAUAUCACGUGAAGAAAAAACGUGAAUCAAAUGCUUCUCACCUCGUUGGAAAAGAAAAGGAAGACGUUUUCCUUUCCAAUGGUAUUCAUGAUUAUAUAGAGGAAUCUGAAAUUCGCGAAAUGAAGAUCAAAACCACACCUCCACAUGCUGUAAACGAAAAACGAAAAUCAAAUGAAUCAUUCAACAGUAAUGACAUCAAUGUGCUGCUAGAGGACGAAUACUUGAAUCCAUAUCAACCAAUUGUGCCUGUACAAGAUAUUCACGGGUAUUGUGGAAAGGAGAUUGUACAGGGAAUUCUGUCGGACGGGAACCUUGAUGAUAAUGUCAAUGUUGAAGAAACAGAUACAGCAGAUAAACAUCCUAUCCAAGACUACAUUCCAAAGGACCAGGAACCCCGAGAUUAAAUUACCAAACCCUUUUUGUAUGAUGGUAGUAAUCCAUGCUCUUUAUAAUCAUAACUAUUUACCCAAAUACUAUCGAAUAAACAGGUAUGCUUGGAAAUGACACAUCGUACACUUAAGAG